UUCACAUUCUGCGAGUGCAGCCAAACCAGUUUUACGAGGGAUAAAGGUGAAACAAGGGAUGAUGCUCAUAAAGAAAGUUAAUGACUUUUCACCUGCAUCAAACUCGUAUCCUCUUCAAACAAGCCCGGCAACGACCAUGUCGACAUAUAUAAGGGAGGAGCACGGCAUGUGAAGAGCAGUCUUGUGCUUGGCAGGGAUCAGUAGCAGCUCCCUGGAGUUUAUAUAUAUUCUAGGCUUGAACUGCAGCACAGGGCUUCAAAAAAAUCCAUAUUUAAGGAAUUCCUGUUAUUUCAAAACGGAGCAGAACGUUUUAAAGUAUAAACAACUGUUCCAGCAUGAAGGACAUGGCAUAUGAUUCAAAAGAAGACUUCAGAACCAAUAACUUAAACAUUAAUGGAUAUGACAACCCUGCCUUCCAGGAAGAUGAACCACCAGAGAAAUAUGGAUUUUUUAAGAAGAAGAAAAAAGAAAAGAAAGACAGCGCCCCGGUAGCAAUGGUGGGAUUUUUGGAGCUGUUUAGCUUUGCAGAUAGUUGGGACAUCAUGUUGAUGAUUAUUGGCAUAGUCUGUGGACUGGCAGCGGGUACUGGACUUCCAAUUAUGAUUAUUGUCUUCGGCACCAUGACAGAUUCCUUUGUUCAAAGUGGAAUUCCUGUAAACUAUACGCAAAAUACCUCUACAACCUCUACAUCCUGUGGACACUUUGGAACGAUGGACAUAGAAGCGGAAAUGACCAAGUAUGCUUACUACUAUGUUGCCAUUGGCUGCUCUAUCUUUGUCUUAUCACUUUUCCAAGUGUGGACGUUCCUGGUGUCGGCUUCCAGACAGACAACUAGGAUUCGACGGAUGUUCUUCAAAGCUGUACUUCAUCAGGAGAUGUCUUGGUUUGAUGCCACUCAGAUCGGAACACUGAACACCAGGCUGACAGAGGAUAUAAACACCAUACACGAAGGUCUUGGAGAUAAAAUUAGUAUAUUUCUUCAGUUUUUUUCCACCUUCAUAUCUGGUAUUAUUAUAGGAUUUGUACAUGGCUGGAAACUGACCUUAGUCAUCAUGUCAGUGAGUCCUCUCCUUGGAGCAUCUGCAGCAGUUUGGACUAAACUUCUUGCUAAUUUUACAUCAAAAGAACUAAAUGCUUAUGGAAAAGCUGGAGCUGUGGCUGAAGAAGUUCUCACUGCAAUAAGAACCGUUGUUGCUUUUAAUGGACAGAAGAAGGCACUAAAACAGUAUGAUAAACACCUAGAGAAUGCAAAAAAAGUUGGCAUAAGAAAAUCAAUCACAACAAAUUUAUCUAUGGGAAUUGCACAAUUUCUCAUCUUUGGAGCAUACGCGUUGGGAUUUUGGUACGGAACUAAAUUAACAGUGGAUGAGCCGGACACAUACACCAUCGGAAAAGUUUUAAUUGUAUUCUUCUCAGUUCUGAUUGGUACAUUUUCACUUGGCCAGGCUGCUCCAAAUUUAGAAAGCAUUGCUAGUGCUCGUGGCGCAGCCUUUGAAGUGUACAAGAUUAUUAAGCAGCCACGUCUAAUUGACAGUAGUAGCACAGAGGGACACAAACCAGACCGUUUGAUGGGAAAUAUUGAAUUUAAAAAUAUUCAUUUCUCCUACCCUUCUAGACCAGAUAUACAAAUCUUGAAAGGCCUGAACCUCAAUGUUGAAACCGGAAAGACAAUUGCCCUAGUUGGUGCCAGUGGUUGUGGCAAAAGCACUACCAUACAGUUACUGCAACGAUUCUAUGAUCCACCUAAGGGUGAGAUCACUGUAGAUGGACACGAUAUACGCACACUCAAUGUAAAAUGGUUACGAGAAAAUAUAGGAGUCGUUAGCCAAGAACCUGUUUUGUUCGGGGCAACAAUAAAAGAAAAUAUUCAGUAUGGAAGAGAAGAUGUAACCGAUGCAGAGAUUGAACAAGCGUCGAAAGAAGCAAAUGCCUAUGACUUUAUACAGAAACUGCCAGAUAAAUUUGAAACCAUGGUUGGGGAAAGAGGCGCUCAGCUGAGUGGUGGCCAGAAACAGAGAAUUGCUAUAGCCCGUGCAUUAGUACGGAAUCCCAAAAUUCUGCUGCUUGAUGAAGCCACUUCUGCUUUGGAUACACAAAGUGAAGCUAUUGUUCAGUCUGCAUUGGACAAGGCAAGAGCUGGCCGUACCACUAUUGUGAUUGCUCACCGGCUGUCUACCAUCAGAACCGCUGAUGUCAUUGCUGGGUUUCAUAAUGGAGUUGUGGUGGAGCAAGGGAAUCACAAUGAGCUUAUGAAUCAAAAGGGAGUUUACUAUUCACUUGUCAUGUUACAGAGUCAUGGUAAACACAAAGAAGAAGAUUCAAGUCAAAGUGAAGGAGAAGAAAGUUCAAACUCUGAUGAAGAAAAUGAAGGAAAUGUUUAUGAGAACGAGAUUGUUGAAGAUUAUAAUAAUGGAUCAGAGAACAUCAGUAGAAAUGAUUUUCAGAGAAAAUCCAGUAGAAGAAAAAGCAAAAGGAAGUCAAAAAAGAGCUCAAAAUCGAAAAAGGCCACAGAUAAUACAAAUAAGGUGGAAGAAGAUCUUCCUACAUUCUCCCUGGGUAAAGUCCUUGCAAUGAACAAACCAGAAUGGUAUUAUAUUGUAAUAGGAGUCAUUGCUUCAGCAAUUAAUGGGGGUAUAUACCCAACAUUUGCUGUCAUUUUUGGAAAGAUUAUUGGGUCUUUUCAAAUAACGGAUCCAGACAAAAGAAGCGCAGAAACAGUUCUACUUUCGCUCAUGUUUCUUGUCUUGGGAGGGCUCAGUCUCAUUGUGUACAUCAUCCUAGGAUUUGCUUUUGGAAUAUCUGGAGAAAAUCUUACCAUGAGACUUAGAUCUCUGUGUUUUAAGGCACUGAUUCGACAGGAAAUUGGAUACUUUGAUGAUCAUGCCAAUGCUGUUGGAGUAUUAUUGACCAGACUUGCAACAGAUGCAUCUCAAGUCAAAGGGGCUACUGGCAGUCGAAUUGGUUUGAUCACCCUGUCAGUCUGCACCCUUUUGGCGGCUAUCAUAAUUGCAUUUGUGUAUGGUUGGCAGCUGACACUGCUUAUCUUGGCUUGUGUACCGUUUCUGAUUGGAGCAAACUUUAUUCGAAUGAAAUCCAUGGCUGGACAUGCAUCAAAAGAUCAAAAAGCUUUAGAGCAAGCAGGAAAAAUCUCAACUGAAGCUGUGGGAAAUAUCAGAACCGUGGUGUCCCUGACCAGGGAAGAAAGAUUUUAUGAGAGAUAUAAUGAAAGCUUGAGUGUCCCAUACAAGGAGACAAUUGUUAAAGCUCCGCUCUAUGGCUUCACCUAUGCGAUUUCCCAGUGUAUGAACUUCUUCGUCAAUGCUGCCGUGUUUCGCUUUGGAGCUUGGCUGAUUGCUCACUGCUACUUGCAGUUUGAGAAUGUUUUUAUAGUCUUCUCUGCAAUUAUAUUUGCUGCUAUGAAUGUUGGACAGUCCACUUCUCUGGCACCAGACUUUGGAAAAGCAAGAGUUUCAGCCCAGCGCAUUAUGAAACUAUUGGAAAGGAAGCCACAGAUUGAUAGCUACAGCGAGGAUGGCGAUAAACUGAGUUCAUUUGAUGGAAACCUUGAAUUUAGAAAUGUCAAGUUUGUUUAUCCUACAAGACCAAAAGUUCAAGUUCUUCAGGGACUAAAUGUUAAAGUCUCUAAAGGACAGACCCUGGCACUAGUGGGCAGCAGUGGAUGUGGAAAAAGUACCUCCGUCCAGUUACUAGAGAGGUUUUAUGAUCCAAUGGAGGGACAAGUGUUUGCAGAUGGAAUUGACACCAAAUUACUGAAUAUCCAGUGGCUGAGGUCACAGCUGGGAAUUGUAUCACAGGAGCCAAUACUUUUUGACUGCAGUAUUGCUGAAAAUAUCCAAUAUGGGUUCCUGGAACGGCAGGUCACACAGGAAGAAAUUGAAGAAGCUGCAAAGGCAGCCAACAUCCACAGUUUCAUAGAGGGUUUGCCGAAUAAAUAUAACACACGCGUUGGAGAUAAAGGGGCUCAACUUUCAGGGGGACAGAAGCAAAGAAUUGCAAUUGCCCGGGCACUCAUCCGAAAGCCCAAAGUGCUGCUGCUGGAUGAAGCUACCUCAGCUCUUGACACAGAAAGUGAAAAGGUUGUGCAAAAUGCCCUGGAUAAUGCCAGGCAGGGCAGAACAUGUGUAGUAAUUGCUCACCGGCUCACAACAAUCCAGAACGCAGAUAUCAUUGCAGUAAUACAGAACGGAAUAGUCAUUGAACAAGGGACUCAUGGGCAAUUGCUGGCAAAACAGGGGGCAUACUAUGCUCUUGUAAAUUCACAAGUGGCACACUGAAGCCAUACCAGCAUGGACUGCUAGUAAAUGUUUCUAUAAAUUUUAUAGACAACAAUAUUUGAAAACAUUACGGGUAAAGGUGAUGCCAGUAUUGGCUGGAUAAAGACGGUUCUAAAAGUAGUUUUAGAACUCACUUGGGACCUCAGUAAUAAUCUGCUGUAUUUAGCAACAGUGAAGGAAUCAUUUUGGGGGUAUGGCUUGCCCCUAUCAUUUCAGUGUUUUUUCUGUUGACAAUUAGCUGUGAGUGUGUAGAUAUGUAUAUAUAUGUAUAUAGAUAAAUAAGCUCUAAAAAAAAAUCUUACUGCACAUAUUAUAAAGCUAUUUUCUAUUCAUUCUCACAGUGUGUCACUUGAUGCUUAUCUGUGCCUUGCCGUUUGUAUAUUCAGUGCCCUGUUGCAAUCCAUAUUUGCAAGGUCUGGGAUGGUACUUAGAUCCAUGUACAUCUGAAACCUCCCCGAUUGGACCUCAUAAACUCAUGGAAAAAAUAUAAAAAGAAAAAAAAGUCAUAAAUGGAAUAAAUGCAAUUUGCAUAAAUAAGGACAAACAUAUCUCUUCAUUAUAUUCAUAAUAUUCUUCAUUAGAACAAACAGACCUGCUUAAAAGUGGGCUAUUUUUCUUUUUUUGAGAAAAAGUAACAACAUUAUCAGUAAGAGAUAUUAAAUACAUAGGGGAUCCAGGGUUACUGCCAUGAUGUCUGUUAGGUAGGUGAAUAUAUAUUAUGGCAUAAUGAAGAGUUUAAAUUAUAAACAAA